GAAAGAUUCUUCCACUCUUAAACAGCAGUUCUGCUUCGCCUGAGCUCCUGAGAGAUGCAGAUCAGCAUAUUAAUCGAAGUAAUAUCCUGGGAACUUGGAUGUCAUCAUGAUGUGUAUAAACAGAGCAACACCCCUUUUAAAUUGCAUAUAAGGAACUGGGUUCUGACUGUGCAACAGGCAUUACCUGCUGUGGAGCUGAGUAAACCUUAACAAGUUGUACCGGAGCAAGACAAAGUUGGAAGAUCUCUGACCAAAAAAUAAGCUCCCGUUUUCCAUCUCACCCUCAAUAAACUAAACAAUCAUUAAUCACUGUUCAAAAAUGGGCAAGAAAGAAUUGCCUUUACCUGGAUUCUUUAAGAAAGAUCAACAAAUACAGCUUCCAGAGGACACAGCUGCAACCAAUGACCAUGUGGGUGAAGGUGAUGAGAAUGAGGAACGAGGGAACUGGUCUUCGAAGGCUGACUACUUGCUCUCGAUGAUCGGCUACGCUGUGGGUUUGGGCAAUGUCUGGAGAUUUCCUUACCUGGCUUACAGGAACGGAGGAGGUGCAUUUCUCAUUCCCUACAUAGUCAUGCUGACACUUGCCGGGAUCCCCUUGUUUUUCUUGGAAUGUUCCUUUGGGCAGUUUGCCAGUCUUGGACCUGUUGCAGUGUGGAAAGCCGUGCCCAUAUUACAAGGUGUGGGAAUCACCAUGGUCCUUGUAUCAACAUUUGUGACAAUUUACUACAACUGUAUCAUCGGCUACAGUCUGUACUACCUGUUUGCUUCCUUCCAAUCACCCCUGCCGUGGUCAGACUGCUUCAGUUGGUGGGGAGCAGAUGAAACAUGCAGCAGGACUCCCAAAGACCCACUCUGCAAUCUCACUCUAGAUAAUGGAUAUUUUGAAAUCGUUAAUACAACAUGGUUGCAGACAAACAACGAAACUUGUCCAAAUGGAUCAGCAAUUUCUGUUACUCACCAGGGUCCUAGUGAGCAAUACUGGGAUAGUGUGGCUUUGCGUCGUAGCAGCUCAAUAGAUGAGACUGGGCCGGUAGUCUGGUAUUUAGCCCUAUGUCUGCUUCUGGCCUGGAUUAUAGUUGGGAUAGCACUAUCUAAAGGAAUCAAAUCUUCAGGAAAGGUCGUUUAUUUCACAGCAACAUUCCCUUAUUUGGUUCUCAUCAUACUUCUAGUCCGAGGUGCUACUCUGAAAGGAGCCUAUAAAGGAAUUGAAUACUACAUUGGAGCGCAGUCCAACAUCACUAAACUGAGAGACGCUGAGGUCUGGAAAGAUGCCGCCACACAGAUUUUCUAUUCGCUCUCUGUUGCUUGGGGAGGUUUAACAGCUCUGUCAUCCUACAACAAAUUCCACAAUAACUGUUACACAGAUGCCAUCAUUGUCUGUGUUAUUAAUUGUGCUACGAGUGUGUUUGCUGGCUUCGCCAUCUUCUCCAUCCUUGGACACAUGGCUCAUAAACAAAACAAGCUUGUCCCAGAGGUUGCCCAGUCAGGCUUUGGUUUGGCCUUCAUUGCUUACCCAGAGGCCCUCGCACAGUUGCCAGUGGCACCUUUAUGGUCUAUUUUAUUUUUCUUUAUGCUGGUCACUCUGGGACUGGACAGUCAGUUUGCAAGUAUAGAAACAAUUAUAACAACCUUACUGGACCAGUUCCCUACCUUUCUACGAACAAAACGCACUUUUGUGACAUCCGGUGUUUGCUUGAUAUUUUUUUUCUUGGGCCUCGUAUGUGUAACGCAGGCUGGGAUUUACUGGAUCAAUUUAAUUGACCAUUUCUGUGCUGGAUGGGGAAUUCUUGUUGCUGCUAUUGCGGAACUUGUCGGAAUAAGUUGGAUCUAUGGGGUAAACAGAUUCAUCAAGGACAUUGAGAUGAUGAUUGGAGAAAAGAAUUGGCUCUUCUGGCUAUGGUGGAGAGCCUGUUGGUUUUUUAUCACUCCGUGUCUGCUCAUGGCAAUCUUAAUCUGGUCUUUCGUAACAUUUGCACCACCAACAUAUGGAAAACUAGAAUACCCUGCAUGGGCAACAGCACUUGGCUGGUGUAUGAUCAUCUUCAUUAUUUUGUGGAUCCCCGUUGUAGCUAUUAUGAAAAUUGUCCAAAGCAAGGGCUCCAAUUUGUGGCAGAAAAUUGUUGCAGCCUCCAAGCCAACUCCAGACUGGGGCCCAUACUUGAAAAAACACAGAGGAGAAAGAUAUGCUGCCAAUCGGGACUCUACACAAACUGGCAUUCCUGAGAUGUCAAAAUUUUAAGGGACAUUUCAGUCCCAUUUAUACACAACGACCAGAUCAAAUUAUCAAAAUGCACAAUGCCUCUGGAAUUUUGCCAGCAUGGAUGGCUUAUCAGGAAUUUGGGUUUGUAUUCCAUGAGCAAAUCAUAGGGAACAGAUGGCUGAAUUCCCAUUAAGGAUUUCGAAUGAGCUUGGCCCUUGGUUCAAAGUACGCAUUCAUAAAAUUGCCCCUUUUCAGUUUCACUCAGAAUAUGUUGGCUCAGAUUUUCGGAUGGCCCAGCAGUCAUUUCUGCAGCACAGAUGGGAUUUGCUAAUGGGGACGCUUCAGACUCCCUGAGGUAGCAGAAUCUGAGGGCAUUGCCUGGGUAAUUGAAGAUUCCAAUGGACAAUUUCCCUAUGUGUGGAAUACCCCAAAAAGUAUCCAUUUAAAGCAGGGAAUUCAGAGGCUAUCAAUGCUGUUAAGCAAGUGGCACCAUACACACGCACACGCACACGCACACAAUACUAUAUCUCUAUAUCUCCCCUUAAACUGGAAUGCAACAAACUCCAAUUUGACUCUGAUUGUCACUCCUUGAAAAAUUCAACUCUGUCUAUAGCAAUACGAAAGAGGAAUGAGAAAUUUUAAACAAAGACUAAGGCUUUUUUAGGCCUGAAUGAAGUAAAUUUGAUUUAUUUUUUUCACAAAAGUGCCUCCUCUCCUUCUUCCAAGACUGGAUUCUGGUUGAAAGUAUAGUGAUUUAGUGAUGGGAUACUGGACUCUGUUGCAUUAACUUAGAUAGCAGAUAUUAUUAUAUUCUUCUUUUACUCUAAAUGAUAAACUGUUAGGUACACAAAUAAAAAUUGUGCGACUCAGCUCGAAUUACAGGACAGAAUUAUUCAUUAGCCUGCACAUGCCAAAGGGACUUGAUUGGCAAUUUCAAAUAAAGUUAAAUACACACCAUAAAUACAUUGCUUGCAAAUUUUUGGCUUUUCUUUCAAUGAGCAAGAAUUCACCUCCUUAUGAUCACAUUUAAGGAGUUGUCUCAAUGUCAAGAGAUGGCUUCCAAAAACAAGAAAUAUUUGAAGUUCUUGCAGUUGAAGGCUUGGUCAAAUGCUACCCCAGUGCAUUGGACAAAUAAAAACAGUUUGAUUUCACCAGUCACUGCCAAACAAUGUUUGCUGUGUUAACAUAUCUACUCCACAGUUACAACUCAACUGAGUGAACAUGCAAUUAUCACAUGCAGUCAGAUGCAGAUUUCAAAUUUUUUUCGGCCAUUCGGUCCCUACUCCACCAAUCAUGGCUGAUCUAUUUGCGGGCCACUUUCCUGCCUACCUCUGAAACCAUGUGCCAACUUUGGUAAUUGACAAUCUAUCUACCUCUGCCUUAAAAAUAUUGAGUGAGCUUCCCUCCACCAUUCUCUGCGCAAGAAAAUUACACAGACUCACAACUCUUUCUGAGGGAAAUCAUUUCUCUCCAUCUCCAUCUUAAAUAGAAGACUGCUUAUUUUCUAAACUGUGCCCCCUAAUUGUCUCUCCCAAGGGGGAGCAUCGUCUCUCAAGGGCAAGUGGGAGUGGGCAAUAAAUGCUGGCCAGACAUGCCCACAUUCCCACAAGUGAUGGAACAAAAAAAACUCCCUUUCAUAGUCCCCUCAGGAUCUUAUUUUUCAAUAAGAUCACCUCUUAUUCUUCUGAACUUCAAUGGAUACAGGCCCAAACUAUCCAGCCUGUCAUCAUAAGACAAAUUUCUCAUCGCAGGAUUUUCAAAAUAAUCAAAGUCAGAACGUAGAACUGUUCGUGGGUAUUAAUUCAGGAUCUAUGAAUCCCUGCAAAAUGAUUUAAUAAAAUAGGACAAAACACAUUGCACUAGAGUGUGACGAUCAGAGAAGUGAAACUUAUGUAGCAUAGCAUUAUGACUGACUGCAUGGGCUGUAUAGCUGUCAAUUAAGCUGUAUGUUUCCAUGGAAAUAGCAGCAAAUAAGAUUAUUGUUUAUUGAGAAUUCUAAGACGUCCUACUAGAGUAAAGCUCAAGUAGAAUAAAGAAUGAAAUAGACCUAUUUUGAGUUGAAGGCUGUGUUUCUGCAUUGGAUUAUAUUAUAUUUUUAAAAUAAAAUAAUUUCAACUCACUGAAA